AUGGGCUCCGGUCUAAAGGCAGCCAAUUUGUCGUUGUCAAGUCCUGAUGAGGUGAAAUGGCAGGUCGCAUUCUGGGCUGUUAUCCCGCUGGCUCUGGGGACAAUGACGCAGCCGGUCGGACGAGUCUUCAAUAUGCCACCCAAAUACCGGUUCUGGCUUCGGUCUUCACCAAUUCUCUGCGUGGGCGAUAUACUUUAUUUUUUGAUCCGGGUGAUGACUGCCUACUUUCGGGUCCCGGAGCGAUCCUGGCGACAUCUCAAGGAAGAACUUGCUUACCGCUAUCGAGAUGAGGACUGGUCCAAGGCACCCAAGGAGGUUGAGAAGGCCGCUCUCGGUCGCUGGAUCCUGAUACUUCUAGGGAGUAUCCCAUGUCAGACAAUAAAACUCAUGGCAAUGCGUGGCAUUCCCUUGACACAAACUCUGGCCAUGAUGUACUUUCUUUCCCUGGUGUUUGGAGAGGGUUUGAAUACCACAGCGGAGGCAAUAUAUCGAAAUUAUCAUGCCAUGCAUGCUGCUCGGUCACCCCCAUAUAUACACCACCCGGAGUUUGAGUUUGUAAAGCAGUCGUGUCACUAUGUGCAAGCAGCGAUCAUUUGGUUCGUGCCGAUUAGGAUACUGCUGUUUAUUUUACUCUCUAUCUCUGGAGAAGAAGACGUGUGGCAGUAUCGGGACAAAUGGGACCUCAUUGAUAAGUUGUCCAUUUCCUAUAUUAUGGGACUCACCCUAGUGAUGGUCCCCAUCGGAUCAGGAAGGCCCUUCUGGAAGGGGUUGAGGGUUAGACUAUCUUACCCGACAAUCUUCGACGCCUACAGAUGGCUGAGUGAGACCAAGUUUGGACGCCUCUUCGGUAUUCCGAAGGACAGUGAGGAGCAAAGGUACCUGAUACUUUUUGUUUUCAACUUUACUCUGACUGGGUUUGGCUAUGCCUACAUUUUUGAUAGUAUGGGCACGGUCAAUCCACCUUGGGUAGGAAUUUUUGGUUAG